AUGUCCUCUAACAACAACAAUACCAACAACAAGAACCAACAUAAGUUCAAGCGUCCUGAUGUCUCUGUCAGAGACAAGAAGCUAGACACAUUGAAUGUUCAAUUGAAGAAAGUUGACCAAGAAGUUUCUUUAUUAAGAAAACAAAUUGAUCAAUUCCAAGUUAAUGAUAAGACUUCUGAUGAAAGAAAGAAUCUACAAAAUAAAAACAAAGAAAUCAUUAAGACUCAAGCUGAUUUGAAGAAUCGUAGAAACACUAUCCACGAUACUAUUAAGCAAUUAGAUGCUCAAAUUAGAAGAAAGAACAAUGACAUUGCUGAUAAGAUUGGUAAAAAAAAUAAAUACAAUACCAUUGCUGACGCUAAGUUAAGAAUUAACGAAAUCGAUGAAUUGAUUGGUACUGGUGAUUUAUCUAUCGUUCAAGAAAAAUUGAUGGUUAAAGAAAUUCAAUCUUUGAACAAGUUGAUGAAGGAUCUGACUGUUGUUGAUCCAAUUAAGAAAUCCUUAGAUAACGAUAAGAAUAAGAUUACUCAAUUGAAGGAAGAAUUGACUUCUUUGAACUCUAAGGAAUUGUCUAACACUUUUGAAACUAACCAAAAGAAAUUGGAUGACAUGCAUGCUUCUUCUCAAUCUGUUUACGAUAAGAGACAAGUUCUAUUCAAUAAACGUUCUGCUCUAUACAAGAAGCGUGAUGAGAUCUAUGGUCAAAUUAGACAAAUUAGAAAUGAUUUCGAUAAUGAAUUCAAGGCUUUCAGAGCUAAGAUUGAAAAUGAAAAACAAAAACGUGAAGAAGAUGAACUUUUAUCUAAGUUGAUUGAAGAAAAAGAUGGUAAGAUUGGUAAGUUACAAGAAAAAUUGAACCAUGUUAAAGUUCCAGCUUUCACCUAUGAAAUUGAAGCCAUUGAAAAUGCUCUAUUGGUUCUAGAUCCAACUUAUGAAAAGCCAAAGAGAACUACUACUACUACAAUUGACAACAAAGUCGAUUCUAGUUUAGAUACCCACACUGCUGUUACCAAGGUAGAAAACAACGAUUUAGUUAAAGUUGAAAAAGUUGAAAAAGUUGGUUACAUGAAUACCGCACCAUCAAAGUCUAAGAAGCACAAGAAGAAGCAACAAAAACAAGAAAAGGUAGCUGAACAAGGUGCCUUCAACAAGGUUGAUGGUAAGUUCUCCCUAGAACCAACUUUAAUUGCUACUUUGGCAGAAUUGGAUGUCACUGUUCCAAUCAGUGCCGAUGAUGUUGAUAAGAGUAUUGAAGAACUAAAGGCCAAACAUGAAGAUUUCCUAAUUAGACAAGACGAACAAACCAAGAUCAACAUCGAGACUGUUGAACUCGAAAUCCAACAAGUCAAGAAGGCUUAUGAUGACAAAGAAGUACAAAUCAAAGAAGAAUUAGAAGCUAAGAGAGCUAAGGAACAAGCUGAAGCUACUGAAGAAAAUUAA